AAAGCCAUUCCCCCCUUAUGUAGUUGCAACAUCGUGUCAGAAAGCCCGUGUCCUCUCUGCAGUACACACUGCGCUCAUGCUGCUCCGGACUUGUAACCUGGCCUUGUGGGGGGUUUUUGUUUUACACGGAACUACUGCUUUAGUGUUGGAAUAUACUAACUGAAGCUCCAGAGUCAAAAUGCGCUGCUCUCCAAAACAAGGCUAGUAGAUGCUGACCUGAGCUCUUUUUGGUGUAUGAGGGACACAACCUACAGAUGGAGUCGAGGGUUGCUCACCACAUUCCUGGAGUCUCUUCGUCCAUGAUGGUGCAGCCUUUGCUAGACAGCAGGGUCCCUUACGGCCGGCUCCAGCACCCGUUGACCAUCUAUCCCAUUGACCAGAUGAAGUCCUUGCAUGUGGAGAACGACUACAUCGACAGCCCUGCAGUGGUGUCACAGCAGCCUCCGAGCCACAAGGUGGCCACCAGGGGGCAGGAGGUCCUGCUCGGUGCUCAACACCAUCCUCACCUGUCCCGCUGCGAGGCCCCAGAUGCCACCACCCACCCCUGGAUCUCCUUCAGCGGCCGACCUAGCUCCAUCAGCAGUAGUAGUAGCACCUCUUCCGAUCAGCGGUUGCUCGAGCAUGCGGCGCCCACCCCUUUGGUGGACUCUUAUACCAGCGGUGGAGGCCAUGCCAGGAUCCUGGGUACAGAGCAACCAAAGCUUCCAGGGUCCAAACCCCAGCACUCAAAAACAGGGGUAGACUUGCCGACUGAGAAAAACCAUAUGCCUUUGUGCGACAAGUGUGGAAAGUGCAGGUGCACGGAGUGUACGCUGCCCCGGACCCUUCCCUCGUGUUGGGUGUGCAACCAGGAGUGUUUGUGCUCAGCCCAGAACCUGGUGGACUCAGCCACCUGCAUGUGCCUAGUCAAAGGCGUGUUCUACCACUGCACCGAGGACGAGGACGAGGAAGGCUCCUGCGCCGACAAGCCGUGUUCCUGUUCACACUCAAACUGCUGCGCACGCUGGUCCUUCAUGGCGGCCAUAUCACUUGUGCUGCCAUGCCUUAUGUGCUAUUUGCCCGCCGUGGGCUGUGCCAAGCUCUCACAGAAAUGCUACGACAGCCUCAGACGCCCGGGCUGCCGAUGCAAAAGUGCUCAGGCCUGCAAGGUGGCAGAGGUCAAGAACUGUCCUCUGGAGAAGCAAGCCUCAUGAUGUGAUGUCAAAAGAAAUCUACAAAGAAGGACUUUGAGCAGAAGGUGGCAGAACCUUCUCCAGUUCUUGCGUACUUCCCCCAAAUCAUGGUACUUAAAAGGGUUCACUCUUGGUCCUUACUGUCGUAGUGUAAUGCCACAAUGCUCAGUCAUGACGUUUGCUUGAAUGACUGGCAUACGUCUUAAGUUUAACUACAAAGAGAUAAGGCCUAUUUUUCCCGUUGGGGUUUUCUCUGUGGGAUCAAAGCGUUCUGCUAUUUCACCCUCUAGUUAAAAUACUUGCCAUCACAGAAUGCUGCAAAAAUGUCUGUUUUCUCCUUUGGUGAUUUUGCCUUUGGGUGGCUUGGAACAAUCAGAGUAAAUAUCACCUAUUCAAGAGCAUUCUAUACUUUGGCAAUCCCUCCCCGGAUCUGGCACCGAGAAAAGGUUGCAGUGCAUUCCAGGCUGAUAACACGUUACAAUCAAAAUAACUAGACUUAUACCUCCAUGCCCACUUAUAAGCUUGUUAUAGAGCUUUUCCUCCCUUUUUUGAGGUAAGAACAGAAGGCAUCAUUGUUUUGGUCAAAGGACGUCAAGUUCCUUUGUUACCCAGAAAUGCAGUUUACUACUUUAAACAAAAAUAAAUAAAUAAGCAAGAGCCCAGUAUUCACCUCUGCAGAAUAGCUCCAUCGUCUUAGGGACAGGUUUGUGGGGUUUUAAUGACAAGUGACUUUCACAUAUAUUCAAAUGCAUGUCACCAUACGUGAACUUCCACAAUAUUUCUUCCAAAUACUAGCAGUUUGAUUUGUUAUAGAAAAGAUAUCACCUCAGGGAGCACACUUUUCACAUAUUAUGUAUAGUAUGUAACUACAACAUGGUAGUCAAUUUAAUAGGAAACUGCUACACACAGAUGAAAAAGCAUUUGAUGAAAACAUCCAUAAGCUACAGGACAAAUAGGUCAGCAGGAGGGUUAUCCCAAAAUGUUCAACUUUCACUAAGACACCUAAAAAACUAACGACAAGCACAGCAUUAUGUACAAAUGCAUGUACAAUUAUUGUAAUGAGUGAAAUUCUACUAGUUUGCCAUGUACCAAACCCCUCCAUGUGUACUCUACGACUCAUAGGAAUCGCUGUUAUGCAGUUUUGUGGUUUGUCUCGAGUUAGGCCUACAGAUAAUUUGCCAAAGGACUUUAGUUUUAUGUGGGUAAAGCUUUUUGUGAUCUAACAAAACCAAUCCCACAGCAAGGUACGAUGCGUCUGGUUCCAGGACGCGAGGGACGAAACCCACCUUCUCAUAUACUAAAUUUCCACGACGCUCAUUUAAUCGAAACAUUUAACGUUCUAUAUUCAGAUGUUUGUACCCAUCUUUGUUGCACAAAUCAGAAAAGCAGAAGAUUAAAAAAAAAAAAAAAAAAAAA